AAAAGUAUGAUUUUAUUUUUCUCACAUUGUUUAUUUUUCCCCUUGUUUAUGAACUGAUUUUUAUUCACAAAGCUAUUAUUUCAACAUUCCCACGAAUAUCAGGAAAUUCUUUGUGAAGGUCUAAUUCAGACAAUCACGGGGAAAACAUGGGACCAUGUGAUUCUGCUGAAAUAUUUCCUUCUUUCAACGCUUAUAUUCACUCCUUGAGCAGAGAAUGACCGUCCAUGUCAGCACAUUUACUUGUGUUGAUGGACCCUUCCUUAUUUAAUGGUUGGUGGGUUUCCCAGGGUUUCCUAUCCAUAAUUAAGAUGGAUGAUCUUUCCUGGCUGCUGUAUCACGGGAGAGUUUGGAUGACCAGUGCCUGGAGUAGACCAUCCUUAGCUAAUUCAUAAGAUAACCCUGACAGGCAAAGGGACAGAAUUUUUCACUUUUAAGUGUAUUUCUACAUAAUAUUAUUGUACUAUAAUAAUAAAACAGACUUUACCUCUUUCAUGUUUACAGGGAUGGAACUGGAACAUAUUCUUCCUAGCAAAGUAUCUCAGGAAUGGAAGAAAAAGUAUCCAAUGUACUCAGCCCUACUAUGAAGAUAAAUUAUAGCUUUCACAUGAAGACUAUAACCCACUACCAGCUAGAUGACCCUCACCAGAUUUGGCCCCUUGACCUUGGAUGUAACAUCCAUAACUGUAAAAUAAAAAUUUAUUUUCUUUAUAAAAAAAAAAAAGAAAUAAUCUGAGGAAAGGGCCAGGAAGGGGAAGGGAGGUGGGGAGGUUAGGGUGGAAGGAGGGUAAUGCGUGGGGCCACACCUACCAUGCAUCUUAGAAUGGGUACAGGCGAAACUUACUAAAUGCAGAAUACAAAUGCCUACAUACAAUAACUAAGAAAAUGUCAUGAAGGCUACGUUGAACAGUUUGAUGAGAAUAUUUCAGAUUAUAUAUGAAACCAGCACAUUGUACCCCUUGAUUGCACUAAUGUACACAGCUAUGAUUUAACAAAUAAUAAUAGUAAUAAUAAUAAUAACAACAACAGUAAUGCUCUCCCCAAAGACUCUACACUGGUGAUCUCUGUUCACUCCCCACCAUAACUAGACUGUUUCCAGUUUUAUUUUAUCCCUAACCCUCUCAUGUAAAAUGGACCCCUAUAACAAGCAUUACUCACAUGUACCAAGAUUUCUACCUGCCUGUUGCUUAUGAGUACAUAACCCUAAAGUUAGGAAAUGACUGUGACUUUCCUUGACCAGCAAAAUGUGAGGAGUGACCUGCAUCACUGCUGGGUGAAAGCAUUUAAGGUUCGGUGCACAAUUUCCACACUCUCUUCCUCUGCCAGGGUGCUGGUGGAAGUGUCACAGGAAAGCAGCAGACUAGAAUGAUGAUGCCCUGGAGAUCUGCAUGAGUGCAUGUUAACGUUUGUUAUAUGAAGCCGCUGAGAUUUGAGUGGCAUUGGCACAGCAGCUUAAGGUGUAGUCUCUCCCUCGCUCAGUUCGCUCUGACCACCAUUCAUGCUGCACCCUACAACUGCAUAAGUGGUAUUUGUACUGAUUCCAGUCCCUGUUGAGGAUAAAGACUCAAAGGAAUAACUGGUAGCAGCUGGAAGAUCUCUAGGAUAAAUCGUAUUUUGUGUCCCACCCCCUUGCCAGGUCUCAGGAUUAGCACAGAGGGCAUCACAAUGCAAAUAGCCCACCUUGAUUUAUAACCGAGCACAAGUUUAAUUUAGAACACACUAAAAGCUAGUGGGAAAUUCAAUAGAAAUGCCUAACUGUAAUAGGAGAGGCAGAAACAGGGCUCCGGAAUGAAUCAAGGAUAUGUGUAUGGAUUCAAAAGUAAUCUCCACACACCUGAAAGUUAAAUGUAAGACAUGCAUGAAUGAGACUUCUGAGGGAAAUGGCAGAAAGCACAAUCCUCCCCCAAAAAACAAAUAAAAAACCCAAAACCAAACAAUGAGUCUUAAGAAACACUCACAUUUGGGGCACAGAGAGGAGAAGGAAGAUAGAGGAACUGUGAUGACAACACCCAUUCAUUCUGAGAGCUAAUAAUACCAUAUCUUCAUUAAUAAAUUCAUUUAAAUUUAAAUUUCAGGGGUUUUAACGAGGAUAAAAAAUGUGCUACUCCUUAACAAUCCAUUUAGUUUCUCUGAUAUUAAAAUAGAUUACCCAUCUGCCAGGCAGCUGGACAUUAUCUGUAAUAGAAAGCAAAAUUAUUUUUUAAUUCAAUGUCUCAGAACUAAUUUAUCAAGAUUAAAAGUAGAAGGGUGGGGCGUGGUGGCUCAGGCCUGUAAUCCUAACACUCUGAGAGUCUGAGGAGGGUGGAUUGCCUGAGCUCACAGGUUCCAGACCAAUCUAGGACAGAGUGAUACCUCAUCUCUAAAAAUAGCCAGGGUUGUGGCAGGCACCUGUAGUCCCAGCUACUCAGAAGGCUUAGCAAGAGAAUCACUUGAGCCCAAGAGUUUGAGGUUACUGUGAGCUAUGACAUGGCACUCUACCCAGGGCUACAAAGUGAGACUGAGUCUCAAAAAAAAAAAAAAAGAUUUAAAGUAGAAACAAAACAACUUUUGAACAUGUGUGAUUUGUUGCGCAUCUCAUCUGGCAUGCACCAGGCACUGUGGAAGCACAGUCCCCAUCUCUUCUCAGCCUCUGGCUAAGAUCAAGUGUGUAGGAGCACAGUGCCCAAUUGGGGGCUGGCUACCUCAUCCCUGUGCCCAUUUUACACUCUACUCCCCUUGCAGCAUUUUGGACUUUGUGCCAGCUUUGCUCCUCAAGAUGACCUUGACAGUGAAUUAGUUAACAUAUUCUGAGCCCCAGGUACGUGUGCCAAGCACUGUACUAAGUGCCUUAUAUGGGUUUUUCCUACUUAAUCUUCAAGACAACCCUGUCAGGAGAGAACUAGUACCAUCCCUAUUUUAUAGCUUGUGAGGCUUAAACGUUAAGAGACUUGUCUAGGGUCACGCACCUGGCAAGCCAUGCAGCCAGGACACAAAAUGCUGUGGCUGGCCAAUGCCAAAGCAGAUGCUCCCAGCCCUGCUGCUGAAAGCCUGAUCCUCAGACUAGCAGCACUGCCAUUACCUAGGAUCCUGUUUGUUAGAAAUGCAGAAUCUCAGGCCCAAGGCCAGACCCACUCAUUCAGAAUUAGGUUUUAACAAAAUCUCUGGGUGAUCCCUCUGCACAUGGAAGUUUGAGAAGCACUGUGCUAACUCUCGCCAAUAUGAAGUUUUAAUGAACGCUGAGGGAGACAGACGAUCUUUCCCCUGGGCUGCAAUUUGGUGUUCUCCAGCCGCUAAGAGGAAGGAUUCAGAACGCCCUCGCAGUUGCAAACACCAGCGAUCACUCUGAUCAACGGAGGGUGGGACCAACUCCACAGGCAGCAGACACGGAGCAGGGUCUUGAAGCCAGAACAUUUCCUCAAUUUAUUUCAUUAAAAAUAGGUGCUGUUCCAAAUGGACAAGUGCCCACACCAAUAAUCUUCUGGAGUUAGCUCCCUCAGCUUCGAUUCCAUUUUCCAAAUACAAUCCAAAUAUCAACAGCAUCAAGAAGCACUUUUAAAACUCCCGAUAAAACGUGCUAUUAUAUUGUUAAUCAUAUUAUUCUUAGAAUUGUCUAACUAAUAAUGUUCGUACCAAAACAAGUUUGCCGCUCAUUCUCAGUUGUACUCCGGGUAUGAGUUCAAACAUUUGGUGCAAAAAGCAGAUACACUGCGUUUGCUAGGCAAGCCCCGGUUGCAGGUAUUUAACUCAGCGUGUGGCGUAGCCUUUUCAAAUCCCCUUGGCAAGCAGCGCCCGCCUCCUCUCUCGGGUGGAGACAAACAGCCCAGUUCAUUUCACCGGCUGGCACUCUCUUCCCUGUCACGAUUUCAGCCUGGCUUCCUAAGGCCCAACCGGCGUCCUCAGGCGGGUCACCUGGCUAUCCUGGACUCUCCCCACUGAGGACCCCACCUGCACCUGCGCCUGCACCUCCGGGAAGGGGCGGUGCUGGCCCCGCUCUCUCUCGGGUGGACAAGCCAAGAGGCGGCGGUGGCAGACGGAGAGUCACGUGCGACAUUGGGGGGCGGAGCGCGGCCCGCUGGAGGGGCGGAGAAAACAAAGCCCCCAGCUGUCAGCAGAGGAAGGAGGCUACAGCCCCGGAGAAGUGUCCUAUUUCCCAGAGGAACAGUUCACUUCGACAGCCAGGGAGAGAGCCUGGAUGCCCAAGUUGGGGAAUGGCAGUCAAUGUGUAUUCUACCUCGAUAACCCAAGAGACGAUGAGCAGACAUGACAUCAUUGCCUGGGUUAAUGACAUAGUAUCUUUAAACUACACAAAAGUGGAGCAGCUUUGUUCAGGAGCCGCCUAUUGCCAGUUCAUGGACAUGCUCUUUCCAGGCUGCAUUAGUUUGAAGAAAGUAAAAUUUCAGGCAAAGUUGGAACAUGAGUAUAUUCACAAUUUUAAACUUCUGCAAGCAUCAUUUAAGCGAAUGAAUGUUGAUAAGGUAAUUCCGGUGGAGAAGCUAGUGAAAGGACGUUUCCAAGACAACCUGGAUUUUAUUCAGUGGUUUAAGAAGUUCUAUGAUGCUAACUACGAUGGGAAGGAGUAUGAUCCCGUAGAGGCGCGACAAGGGCAAGAUGCAAUUCCUCCCCCCGACCCUGGUGAACAGAUCUUCAACCUGCCAAAAAAGUCUCACCAUGCAAACUCCCCCACAGCAGGCGCAGCAAGAUCAAGUCCAGCAUCUAAACCAGGAUCCACACCUUCUCGUCCCUCCUCAGCCAAAAGGGCUUCGUCCAGCAGCUCAGCAUCCAAAUCUGAUAAAGAUUUAGAAACACAGGUCAUACAGCUUAAUGAGCAGGUACAUUCGUUAAAACUUGCCCUUGAAGGUGUGGAAAAGGAAAGGGAUUUCUACUUUGGGAAGUUGAGAGAGAUUGAGCUGCUCUGCCAAGAACAUGGGCAGGAAAAUGAUGACCUCGUGCAGCGAGUAAUGGACGUGCUCUAUGCUUCAGAAGAACACAAAGAAAGAGAAGACUGCAGUGUGCCUGGACGCUGUGCUGGGUGCUUUCCGUAUGCGGCGUGCGCGCGCGACUCUGCUGAAGAGGCCCGGGAGCAGCUAGCCUGCUCUGCUUUCUGCUUCCCCCGCUAAGGAGGGCCACACGGAAGAGCCAGAAGCAGAGGAGCAGGUCCACGAGCAGCAGCUCCAGCAGCAGGAAGAGUACUGACCCAUCCCAGCAGCUCUUGACACUCUCUUGUGCAUGGGAACUUUUCUUCUGGAGAAUUGGAACAUGUGUGGCCUCAAGCUCGACAGAAAGCAGUUGUUCCCAAUUGGCCGUUACCAUCAGCACACUGUGCAUCCGCCAGCCACCGCACCCGGUUCCCAUUUCCUUUGCCAAGAUGUAUUCACAGGUGGCCAUCCUGGCCACCUACCCGAGAGAUCAUAGGGUCACAUCCAUUCAACUUCGCCACUUGGCUGCUUGAGAUUGGUUCUGCUCUUUCCUUCAUUUCUUUCCAGAACUAUUCCCCUACCCCUACCCCAACACUACCACCCCCUCCCCCUCUUUUUAUCCUGGUGUGAAACAAUGGUAAUUUCAUCAAUGGUAUUUAUAUUGGCAUUUCUCAACCCAGUGUCACUAGAUGUCACAUGCAUUUGUGGUGCUUUGAUGUUUGCAAGUCUAACCUCUGAACGUAAAUUUGGUCAAAUAAUUAAUUGGAACAAAGGGAAAUAGAUACUCGAUAUGAAAGCCAUAGACAGUGACUUGUGUUGUGGGGGGAAAUGUAGGGUUAGUCUUUCCCUCUGUUCACAACACUAAAGGGAAAAAAAAUGGAUUCAAAGCUAGGAAUUCAGGGCCCAGUAAUGUUGAUACAUCAGCAUGUUAGACAACCACACAGUAUGUUGUUACUUUUGAAAGACAUUUGCUCAAGGAAAACAGCAUCUCAGCUUUACCCUCUCACCAUGUGCCCCUGUCCCCAUCCCCUUCCCAGAUUCUCAUGCUAUUUUCUUUCUCAGGGUCCUCUUUGGUGGGCAGCCACUCUCCCCAAGAAGUUGUCAUCACUUACCUGCAGUCCAAAGGGGGUCUGGGUGGGUCCAGAUCUUCCUGCCUUGUCUCUCUUCCUCCUGUGGGUUUCAGCCCCCAAACUGUCAGUCACACGAGGGCACUCCUACCAAAAGAUAGCUUCGGGAUUUGCGUCUCGGAGUUGCAGGGCUCCGUGUCAUGCUGCACGCUUGGUGGAAGGUUGGAAGUGAAGACUUUCUUAAUAGGAGCGUAAUUCCAAGGGAGAAUCAUGGCUCUGCAGUCUGGUGUUGACACUGAAAUCACAGCACAGGAAAAUCUAUGACACGCAGGAAAAUCUUUGACACCCAGUAUCUUCCAGACUAAGGAAUUUCCUCUCUUUGACACAAGGGCCCUCCUUGUCAUUGAUCUUUGAUAAACCAUGGCAAUUCAUAGAGAAAACAAUUAAAAGCAUUCCUUAUUUUUUUAACUAAUAUUUGCACAUUUUCUUAGUCUCUUUCCAAACCUUGGCCUUUUUUUCUCCUCCUGUAACAGAUGGUAUCCCUUCCUGGGUCAUUCAUUGCACUUGGUUUCUAACUUGUUACUUUCACUUGUUAUUUGACUUAGCAGGUACAACAAAAAUAAGAAGCAAUUGUGCCCCACCCCACUUUCCACUUAACUGAAAAGCUUAAAAUAAAUUUCUGAAUUAUGGAUCAUGAAGUUUUGAAAGUUCCUUAUUAAUUGAUGAAAUACUAAUUCUAAAUUCUGACAUUGAAGCUUUUCACCAAAAGAAGUCUUUCCAAAAUAAAUCUCUUGCAGCAAAGUGGUAUUUAUUAAGUUUUACGUGGAAAAGAUGGCUUGUAUUUUUAGAUGAUUGCAACACACUGUGCGGAAUUGGACAGACGUUCCAUGGUGUUUGGUUUCCCUUUCUUCUCUCUCCUGCUCACCCUGCAUUACAGCGGCAGCUCAUUUCUCUAAGGCUCGACAGCCUGGCUCUCGGCAGUGACGUCCUCCCACUCCUGGUCACAGGUAGUGGCUGUGCUAUACACAGCAUCCUGUUAAUGUUGUGUUGCCCUCCUGAGCCUAUUGCACUCACGGAUUUUCCUUUUUUUAAAUAGCUCUUGUAAAGAGGUCACAAUAAAUAACUCCAGGCCAAUCAUACUUGAGUGGUUCCUAGGCCAUUCUUUGCCUGCUGUAGACAUCACGGUCAUACCCAGUGCUGGGUAGAUUGUGACCAGACUCUGUUCGUGUGGAUGACAUUCCACGAAUGGGGUAAGCAAGGAGUCAAGAUCAUGUCUUCUCUAGGAUCCACUUAAUACUGUUAUAACUUGUGUACACCUGCCCAUGACUUGAUGGGACCACUCUGUCUCUCUCCAACUCCCUGGCCAGAUCUCUUAGCCCACGAAGAGAACUUUUCCUGGUCCCCAUACUUCAUUUUCCUUCUUAAAGGCUUGGGCAGACUAUUCACUUAUUUACAGGAGAGCUAUAUGUUCCUCUCUGUGUCCCCAUCUUACACAUCAUCUUUUGUGCUAUACUCCAGAGGAUGUCACAGAUGCUUUGGAGGAAUCUGUAACAACUGAGUUUCUGAGUCAGUCAUCUUGGUCUCUGUGCAGGCUACCACUCAUUCCCCAUGAAUGGUAGAAUCCCAUCCUUCUGUCAGCUCGGCAUUAGGGCACACUGUCCUCUGUGCCCCUGGUCAUGUGUCACUAGGCUAGGCUGAGAAGUAUCCCUGGGUAUGUGCUCUGCUCCUCCCUCUCAGAAAGCCCAGUUUCACCCUUCGUCCCCCCUCAUGUCCACUGUUGGCUGGUUAUAGCAUUUCCACUGUUACCAUCAGAUAGGAAGUGAUCGAAGCAGGGGGCAAAGAGAAAGCCCAUGUUUAUUCUAAGCAGAAAGGCAGGGAAAAGAAAAAAACAAUCUGUUGACCGAGAGAGGUAAACUCCAGAAGGGAACCAAGAAUUCCUUCCCUGGUGAGUAUUUCCAUUAUUCCGUUAAGAUUUAUGAUGCAUUCAGAUUACUUUUACUAAAUAGUACACCAUAAAGCUUUUGUUAUAUAUUAAAUGUAAACUGAAAGGAAUGUAAACAUAUGUAUUGUUAAUUAUAAAUAUAGAUAAGUAAUGACAUAAUAGAUGAAAAAGUCUUAUUCAGAUGUAUCACAUUCAUUUUACAUUACCCACCUAUUGUUGCAUGGUAGAAUAGUAUUUUGUCUCUGAAUAUGUGAAUAACUUGACUUGCGUUGACCUUUUUACAUAUUUAAUAAAAAAAAAGCAUAUGUUAAAA